CCUCUGCUGAGCCUCGGCUGCGGGUGAGCGGACGGGCGAGCGGCCGGUGCGGGCCGGGCCGGGCCGGGCUGGGGCGGGGCGCGCGACUCUGCCAGAUGUGCAGCAGCAGCAGCAGCGGCCACAGCCACAGCAACCUCCGCAGCCGUCAGUGACCCUGCGCGGGCUGGAGCCGCUGGGGGCCGGGGGGCGCUGGAAGGCGCCGUUCGGAGUAGCGCUGAGACUGACCAGCCGGGGAGUCCCCGGGACCCUCCAGUUCAACCCAGCCCAGCCCACGCCUCCGGCUCGGGCAGAUGGAGGGGGCUGCGUCUCCGCGGCCGGCCUGCCCCCCUCCGUCUCCGAGCUGCUGCGGCGCCGCCUUGGACCCGGGGUCGGGGGCUGCAGCCCCGGCGGGCUUGGUGCCGGGUGCUAGCACCCGGCCGGCCGGGGCGGCCCUGGAGCUGAGGAAACAGCAGCAGCAGCAGCAACCGCAGCAACAGCAGCAGCAGCACGGCGUGAAACGCCACCAUCACAAACACAACCUCAAACACCGCUACGAGCUGCAGGAGACACUGGGCAAGGGCACCUACGGCAAAGUCAAGAGGGCUACAGAGAGGUUCUCCGGCAGAGUGGUUGCCAUAAAAUCCAUCCGUAAGGAUAAAAUUAAAGAUGAACAAGAUAUGGUUCACAUCCGACGGGAGAUUGAGAUCAUGUCGUCCCUCAGCCAUCCUCAUAUCAUCAGCAUUUAUGAAGUGUUUGAGAACAAGGAUAAGAUCGUGAUCAUCAUGGAAUAUGCAAGCAAAGGGGAACUGUACGACUAUAUCAGCGAGCGGAGGAGACUAAGUGAGAGGGAGACAAGACACUUCUUUCGGCAAAUAAUCUCUGCAGUGCACUAUUGCCAUAAGAAUGGUGUUGUCCACAGGGACUUGAAGCUGGAGAACAUCUUGCUUGAUGAUAACUGUAAUAUUAAGAUUGCUGACUUUGGUCUCUCCAACCUCUAUCAAAAGGAUAAAUUUCUACAGACUUUCUGUGGGAGCCCCCUUUAUGCAUCCCCAGAAAUUGUCAAUGGAAGACCUUACCGCGGCCCCGAGGUGGACAGCUGGGCCCUGGGCGUAUUGCUUUACACUCUGGUUUAUGGGACAAUGCCUUUUGACGGCUUUGAUCAUAAGAAUCUCAUCCGCCAGAUCAGCAGUGGUGAAUACCGAGAGCCCACGCAGCCUUCAGAUGCCCGAGGACUGAUCAGAUGGAUGUUGAUGGUCAACCCUGAGCGCCGUGCCACCAUUGAGGACAUUGCCAACCACUGGUGGGUCAACUGGGGCUAUAAAAGUAGUGUUUGUGACUGUGAUGCUCUGAGGGACUCGGAGUCCCCCCUGCUGGCCCGCAUCAUCGACUGGCACCAUCGCUCGACUGGCCUUCAAGCAGAGGGGGAGACCAAGGUCAAGUGCUUGGCCAAACCCGGGGCCUCGGAAGGCGCAUUGGAAAGACAGCGGUCCCUGAAGAAGUCCAAGAAGGAGAAUGACAUCGCCCAGUCUGGCCAAGAUGGGCCGGCGGAGAGCCCGUCCAAGUCCGGCUCCAAGAGGCCCAAGGGCAUCCUGAAAAAGAGAAGCAACAGUGAGCACCGGUCUCACAGCGCAGGCUUCAUCGAAGGGGUGGUCAGCCCCACGCUGCCGGCUGCCUUUAAAAUGGAGCAGGAGUUGUGCAGGACUGGGACCCCCCUGAAGAGCCCCGUGGAGGCCGAGGGAGCAGGCACACUUGGACCCAAGCAGUCGGCGACGAUGCCCAAGAAAGGCAUCCUGAAGAAGACCCAGCAGCGAGAAUCUGGUUACUACUCCUCUCCGGAACGGAGUGAGUCGUCGGAAUUGCUGGAUAGUAAUGACGCGCCGGGGGGCAGCAGCCUCCCCUCCCCGGGGACCUCGGACUCGGCCCGGGGGGGCUACCGGAGGAAAGGCAUCUUGAAACACAGCAGCAAGUACUCGGCAAGCAGCACGGACUCCACGCUGGCCAGCCCGGGGGGGCCCGCGCUGGAAUCCAUGGAGGAGCGGGGCGGCCCGGGCGAAGGGCUGUCUCGCAGCUACAGCCGCCCCUCCAGCGUGAUCAGUGACGACAGCAUCCUGUCCAGUGACUCCUUUGACCUGCUGGACCUGCAGGAGAACCGGCCUGCCCAGCAGCGAAUCCGGAGCUGCGUCUCCGCCGAAAACUUCCUCCAGAUUCAGGAUUUUGAGGGACUUCAGAACCGGCCGAGACCUCAGUACCUGAAACGGUAUCGGAACCGGAUGGUGGACAACAGUUUCUCCCUGCUCACGGACAUGGAUGAUGUGACUCAGGUGUAUAAGAAAGCCCUAGAAAUCUGCAACAAACUUAAUUAGCGGCUGGGGCGGGGGGUGGGGGCACAGGGAGCAAUGGGUCACCUCUGAGCUGGUGGGGAUACCUGCCUGGUUACCGGCUUAUUGAUAGAUAGCAAAGAUCUGAAAACCUCCUGAACGGGUGUCGUCCUUUGCCAGAGCCUGUGCAUGUGCCAACUGCAUGACAGAGAACACCUGCCCACUUGCCCAGAGCUCAUUUGGUCUAAUUAGCAUCUACCUGACACCGUCUGUCCUGAGGACCCAGCAGCGGGCACGAGGGUCGUGGAGAUCUCUCUCGAGAAGCUUCGUGCAGGCUCCUUCUGGGCGGGGCAGGAGGGGACAACAAAACUGGGGAGACCGCCAUGGGUAGAGUCAGUCCCCAAAUGAGGCUACUGAUCCUCCUUCCCGGGCUGGGGUCCGUGUGAGCCACCCCUGAGCUUCCCGAGGUGCUGGCUGUGCCCAGGCCCUCCCCAAGCCUUCUCCGCGAGCUGGGAGCAGGAGCAUCAGUAACUCCGGCUCCUAGGAAGCCAUUGGAUAAAUGCCCUGAGAGGAGGCAGGCACCCCCAAUGGAAGGCUUGACCUUGGUCACAAGAGUGUUUUGGAUUUUGACGGGACAGAUGCAUAACCAGCUCUUGGUUCCUGGCCCCAUAUGUAUGCCCUCCAUCUCCUUCUUGCUGCCCAUCAUCUCUUUGUCCAUCUCACUGCCCCAUUCUCAUGGCUGCCUGGGGGAGCGAUGGGGGUGGGGUGGGAAGAGGGAGCAAAAUUCUAGACUCUAGGGGGCUCCCCCACUCGUUUUAAACUCUGAGGCUCCAGGGGAGCAGGGAAGUAAAAUGAGCAGCAGACACAGAGCUGGGGGAGCAGGGUCUUGGGGUUUAGCCGAGAUGACUAAAGCUGACUCCCCACCUCAGGAAACGACGUCUUGUUAAUCUUUUCUAAGGUUGCAGUAUUAACUGGAAUGCUGCCUCUCAGGCCCCCAGUCACACAGUGGACAUCCUCAUUCAUAUCCUAUCUGUAAUCUCCAAUGGGUUAGCUGGUUUAGUCCCGCCAUGUUUACUGUCUGCAAGCCUUGCUGGAGGGAGUGUGCCUGUGAGUUGGAGAAAUUAGAGUAGGUUGCUUCUAGAAUGUUAGCAAAUGGGAAGGGUAUAGCAUGUCGGGUCAAGUGAUGGAAGGGCCAUCAGAAUGUGCAUCCCCCCAAACAGAAUGGAGCCCACUGGGUUAUAAGGGUUUGGAGAAUGCACCAAUUCUGGGCUUUUAAAAUGGAAGCUGCUGACUUCUGCUGGAUCAUAGAUUUAGAGAUAGAAGGAACUUUUGAGGCCAAGUUUGAAUCCAGGUCUUCCUGCCUCCCAUGCCUAGAGUUAGCCCCACCCAGCUGGAGGAAGAGUUAGGGUUCAGAACCCUUACAUGGGUGAGGAUUAGAUGGCUGAGCUCAGAAACACCAAGGUAGCAGCCUUAGAGAUUCUCCAUCCUCCUCCUGGGUUCUCUUAGUUGGGAGGGUAUCACCAGGCUCUGUGUAAGAGGCAUAGCUGUUGAAAAAGGCCUGGGAAGAUGAAAGAGACUCUCUGGAGCAUCCGUUAUGCCAUCCAGAAAGGGAUCUGACUCUUCACCAGGAGGGUACUGGUUUGCUCCCAUCUUAACCCAUGCAUCAGCCAGCCAACCAAUAUUUAUGAACUAUUUACUAUGUGCCAGGCACAGUGCUAAGCAAUGGGGAUAUGCAGAAAAAAAACAAAAACAAAAAAGAAUCCUUGCCCUUCAAGAGAUCAGCCUCUGGAUUCCCUAGACUGGUGGUGGAUGGGGCCAGAGGAAGGGGCUAGCCCCCAGGAACGUUUGAACCAGAAAGGAUGCGUGGGAUUCUAGCACCCAACAUCCGUAUUUUACAUAUCAAAGAAAAUCAGAUAAAGAGGUGUGAAGUGCCUUCCUUAAUGUCCCACAGAGAGUUAUCUGGAGAGGCAAGACUUGAACUCAGUUCUCAGAACUGCCAAUCAAUCUAUGCUCUUUCCACCACAUACUAACAGUGUUGUCCUCUAAUUUAAUUCUUCCUCUCACAUGCACUCCCCAAGGAAAAUGGCUAUUUCCUAAAAAUGCAUGCCCCAGGGGUAGAAGCUCCAAGUAGCUUCUCCCCACCUCCUGCCAUUUUGUACCUCCCAAAGUCAACAGAUUUAUGAUAAACUGAACCUUCUUUGCUGCCAGCCCUUCGUAGACCAUAGCUGGCCUGGUCAAGAAGCCCCCUUGCAUGAUUCAGGUACCAAGGCUGCAAAUGUGCCCAUUGCUUGUAGCACCCCUUUUUUUCCCUUUUGCCAAACAACUGUUAAUAUCCUUCAAAGGAUUUUGGUGCAGUAUCCAAACCCAUCAAAAUCCCAAUUUGCUCCCAUGUACUCUUACCCUCUCAACACACCCUUUACCCUUCCUGUACUGUACUUCUGUAUUCCAUGUGGUGGGCAAAGAUCAUAACUUCAGAGCUGGAAGGGACCUCAGAGGCCAUCUAGUCUACCCCCCCCCCAUUUUACAGAUGGGGAAACUGAGGCUUAGGAAGUGUCAAAUACCAGUUCAAAAUCACAAAAUGUCAUAGGAUCAUUGAUCUAAAGCCAAAGGAACCUCAGGGGCCAUUAGUCCAACCUCCAUAUUUUCAGAUGGGGAAAUUGAGGCCCAGGGAGGUUGUGACUUUUCCAUGGUCACAAAGGUAGUUUCAGAGGUGGGAUUUGAACCCAGAACCUCUAAUCCCAGAGCCAAAAGGUUCAUGGAUUCUCUUGAAGGGAAUCUUGAAAGAGAAAGCAACAUCUUAAACCAACUUUUUUUUUUGCUGGAUUCUAGCCUACCUGUUAACCAGUCCUCACAGGAGUGAUGUUUAAUUAAUUUCCAUGGAAUUAAUGAUGCUGGAAAGGGAACCUGGUGUUUCAGGUAUCCAUCCCUCAUAGGCAAGACCCCUCGGUGUCUCCGUUUACACAUCUGCCCAAUGGGUAUACCAAUCCUUCCUUCCCUUCAUGGGUGAGCUGCAAAUCUUCCCUAAUGUUCAGAAAGUGCUUUGAGAUGCCAGGAGAAAAUCAAGUGUGGUUACCUGGAUUAACCUCUAUGUUCCAGUGAGCUGGUCCAGGUAUCGGAAGCAUUUUUUUUUUUCAGGUUGAAACAGAGGGGAGGAGGGUGUUACCCAGGCCUGCUCUCUCAAGUACAAAUGUGAAUGAAUGAUCAACUGCUUAUUGCCAGACUGGAAAUGUUCUGUAGGGAUUUUACUGGCAUGUUAUCAUUCCUAGAAGAUUAAAAAAGAAAGAGAGAGAGAGAGAAAGGGAAAAAAAAACUUGACUGCACAUAAUUGUUUCACUCAGUGUUGUGAUUUUUAUUUAAUUUCUAUUUUUUUUUGUAAUACAAAGUUGACUUUUUUAUUUGAAUUUGUCUUUUUUUAUUUAUUGGUCUGAAAGCCAUUUCAAAGGUAUAAUAAUAUAUUUGGUGUAAUUUAAUUGGUGCAGUGCGUUUGAAGGCUCCAGCCAACAUUGGUUUUCUCUCAUUGGUUUGUUUGAGCUCAGCAGCACAUGGGAAAAAGCUGGAGAACUCACCCAAAGUGUAUUUUUCAUUGAAUACUGAUUUUUUUUUAAGGUUAAAUAAAAAAUGCAACAAGCCGAAUGGAA